AUGGGGGCAAUUAAAGGUUUUUGGUCAUUUCAUGCGGAAGGAAAGAAUGGAAAAUUUAACAACCAGUGGAAAGAUUGCAGGAAAAAGAGAUCGCGGUCAACAACGAUUAACUUUCGUGAAUCUGAAGUCAACGAGGUAACAAUUGGCAAAGAGAUUGUCGUCGAACUUCUGAGGAACCAUGAACUGAAUGGGCUUGCUGAAUUGGUUUUGUACUUCAACUGCAGACUGGCUGGCAGUUCGCAGGGAAACUCGGAUAGGAAGUGUUGCGUCUCUUCUACGAUUGGUUCAAUGUACCGGAAGUUCAACUCGUCUGAAGCCUCACGUGAGUUGUCUAGACAGUGA